AUGGCGGCAUACCUGAACGUCGCCCUGGAGGAGGGCGACCUGGCCCUGAUAAUGGCGACGCUCGGCGACAUCGCUCGCGCCCGGACAAUGGCGGUGGUGGCGGAGGAGACGGGGCUGGGCAGGGAGAGCCUCUACAAAUCGCUGUCAGCCAACGGCAACCCUGAGUUCGCCACCGUACUGAAGGUGAUGAGCGCCCUGGGACUCCGGCUUCAGGCGACCGCCGUGCCGGGAGCGAACGACGCAUCUUGA